UUUGCUGUACUGCUGAACCAAUUUCGUUUUGAAGGGCAAGGAGUGAAUGUGAUGGAUUUAUCUUCAGAAAUGAACAAACAUGGAAGGAAUCCAGUAAGCCACAAGCUAGAAGACCAGAAGAAGAUUUACACUGACUGGGCUAACCACUACCUAGCAAAAUCUGGCCACAAGCGGCUGAUCAAGGAUUUGCAACAGGACAUUGCAGACGGAGUUCUGCUAGCAGAAAUCAUCCAGAUCAUCGCAAAUGAAAAGGUUGAAGAUAUCAAUGGCUGCCCCCGGAGCCAGUCUCAAAUGAUCGAGAAUGUUGAUGUCUGCCUUAGCUUUCUGGCAGCUAGAGGCGUAAAUGUCCAAGGUCUUUCUGCAGAAGAAAUAAGGAAUGGAAAUUUGAAAGCCAUCUUAGGCCUGUUUUUCAGUUUGUCUCGCUACAAACAGCAACAACAUCAUCAGCAACAAUAUUACCAAUCUUUGGUGGAGCUACAACAGCAAGUCCCUUCACCUCCAGCUGAAAUCAGCCAGUCCAAAACACACCAAGAUAUGCAGUCGAGGCUUCCAGGACCCUCAAGGGUGCCAGCUGCAGGCAGCAGUACCAAAGUCCAGGGAGCUUCUAACUUAAAUCGGAGAAGUCAGAGCUUUAACAGCAUUGACAAAAACAAGCCUCCACAAUAUGCAAAUGGAAAUGAAAAAGAUUCACCAAAAGGCCCUCACCCAUCUGCAGGCAUGAAUGGAAAUGUGCAGCAUCCCACCAGCAGUGGACAGCAGCAGGUCUCUGCCAUACCCUCUCCAAGUGCCAGCAAGCCUUGGCGCAGCAAAUCCAUGAAUGUCAAACACAGUGCAACCUCUACCAUGCUGUCUGUAAAGCAGCCUAGUCCCGCAACCUCCCCUACUCCAUCUUCAGAGAGGCUCAAGCCACCCCCUUCUGAAGGCGUGAAGCCCCCUUCGUCUGGGCAAAAAUCUAUGCUGGAAAAAUUCAAACUGGUUAACACUAGGACUGCUUUAAGACCUCCUUUGUCAGUAAGCUCAGGACCCAGUGACAGUGGGAGAGAGGAUGAUACCUUUUCAGAGUGUGGGGAGGUGGAUGUCUUAACUGGUGGGGUGAACAGUGGUGGCUCCACAAGUAGCAGUCCUAAAGUAUCACCGAAAUUAACCCCUCCGAAAGCUGGAAGCAAAAAUCUCAGCAAUAAAAAGUCUUUGCUACAGCCAAAGGACAAAGAGGAAAAGAACAGGGACAAAAAUAAAGUUUGCACUGAGAAAACAGUUAAGGAAGAGAAGGACCAGGUUGCUGAAACAUCUACAAAGAAAAGCUCAAAAAUUGCAAGCUUAAUCCCAAAGGGGAGCAAAACAACAGCAGCCAAGAAAGAAAGUUUAAUACCAUCUUCUAGUGGGAUCCCAAAACCAGGAUCUAAGGUACCAACAGCAAAGCAGGGUGCUUCAUCUACAUGCGCAGGAAGUAAGGAUGUUGAAAAACUGAGGACUACAAAAGGAAACCAGUCCCAACCAGCAACAAAAUCUCAACUUUCCGAGAAGGCUUCACCUUCCUGUGGUCUUGCUUCCUCUGAAGGAAAAGAAUCUAGCCUAACUCUUCCCCCUGGCUCCUCAGCAGCUCUUUCGGUCUCAGUGGCUGCAAGCAGUGGACAAGUCACAGGAAAUGGUGUUGUCCAACUUCCUCAACAACAGCAAUACAGUCACCCAAACACUGCCACGGUAGCUCCCUUCAUUUAUAGAACUCUCUCAGAAAAUGACAGUACCUCUUUACCACCUGCUGACUCCUGCACCAGUCCUACUAAAAUGGAUUUGUCGUUCAGUAAAACUGCCAAACAGUGCCUAGAGGAGAUAUCUGGGGAAGACCCUGAGACAAGAAGAAUGCGAACUGUAAAGAAUAUAGCAGACCUGAGACAGAAUUUGGAAGAGACUAUGUCCAGCCUUAGAGGGACCCAGAUAAGCCACAGUACAUUGGAGACAACUUUUGAUAGCACUGUGACAACUGAGGUGAACGGGAGAAGUAUACCAAGCUUGACAAGCCGGUCAACCCCAGUGACUUGGAGGCUGGGGCAGGCCAGUCCUCGGCUGCAGGCAGGGGAUGCCCCAUCCUUGGGUGCCGGUUAUCCUCGCAGCAGCGCGAGUCGCUUCAUACACACAGACCCUUCCAGAUUCAUGUACACCACCCCUAUUCGCAGAGCAGCUGUUUCUCGCCUUGGAAAUAUCUCACAGAUCGACAUGAGUGAGAAAGGGAGUAAUGAUUUGGAUAUGUCAACUGAAGUUGAUGUUGGUGGCUACAUGAGUGAUGGGGACAUUCUUGGGAAAAGUCUCAGAACUGAUGACAUCAAUAGUGGGUACAUGACAGAUGGAGGACUCAACCUAUAUACAAGAAGUCUGAACCGAAUACCAGACCUAGCUUCUUCUCGAGACGUCAUUCAGAGAGGGGUUCAUGACGUGACUGUGGAUGCAGACAGCUGGGAUGACAGCAGCUCAGUUAGUAGUGGCCUCAGCGACACUCUUGAUAACCUCAGCACAGAUGAUUUGAACACCACAUCAUCUGUCAGCUCUUAUUCCAAUAUAACUGCCUCUUCAAGAAAGAACACUCAUGCCCAGCUGAAGACUGACUCGGAGAAACGCUCAGUUACAGACAGCGAAACUUGGGGCAGCACUGAAGAACUGAAGAAGCCAGAGGAGGAUUUUGACAGCAGCAUAGACAGCAGUGGCAAAUGGAAAGGCCUCCCCUCGGGGCUGUCUGAAGAGUCGGACAAGGGGGGGCAGAAAGCAUCUCUCUCUGUUUCACAGACCGGAUCCUGGAGGAGAGGCAUGACUGCACAAGUAGGAGCAACUCAAUCCAGGCACAAAGCUGGAACCAGUGCUCUCAAGACCCCGGGAAAAACAGAUGAUGCAAAAGCUUCAGAGAAAGUGAAAACUCCCCUGAAAGGAGCCUCCAUUCAGCGCUCUCCAUCGGAUGCUGGAAAAAGUAGUGGUGAUGAAGGAAAAAAACCUCCCUCUGGUAUUGGACGAUCAACAGCUACUGGCUCCUUUGGAUUCAAGAAGUCUGGGAUGGGAUCUUCUACCAUAAUCACCACAAGUGGAGCGACUAUCACAAGUGGGUCAGCAACUCUAGGAAAAAUGCCCAAAUCUUCAGCCAUCAGUGGGAAGUCCAAUGCGGGGCGGAAAACAAGCUUAGAUGGUUCCCAGAACCAGGAUGAUGGUGUCUUGCAUGUGAAUUCAAAGACCACUCUGCAGUAUCGAAGCUUGCCUCGCCCGUCAAAGUCCAGCGGCAGUGGGAUCCCUGGCAGAGGCGGCCACCGAUCCAGCACCAGCAGCAUCGACUCCAACGUCAGCAGCAAGUCUGCGGGUGCUGCGGCCACCAAACUGCGAGAGCCGAGCAAGAUUGGGUCCGGGCGAUCCAGUCCCGUCACCAUCAAUCAGACAGACAAGGAAAAGGAGAAGGUGGCUGUGUCUGACUCUGAGAGCGUCUCAUUGUCAAGUUCCCCCAAAUCCAGCCCAACUUCAGCGAGCGCCUCUGGCACCCCAGGACUUAGGCAGCCAGGAUCCAAAUACCCAGAUAUUGCCUCCCCGACGUUUCGAAGGUUGUUUGGUGCCAAGGCAAGUGGUAAAGCUGCCUCUGCACCCAGUACUGAAGGUGUGAAACCCACAUCGGCAAUGCCCAGCCCUAGCACUACAUUGGCACGGCAAGGCAGCCUGGAAUCUCCAUCCUCGGGUACAGGCAGCAUGGGCAGUGCAGGUGGGCAAAGUGGUAGCAGCAGCCCCCUCUUCAGUAAACCUUCGGACUUAAAUGCAGAUGUUGUAAGCUUAAGUCACUCCUUGGCUUCCAGUCCCGCCUCAGUGCACUCUUUCACAUCAGGUGGUCUUGUGUGGGCUGCAAACCUGAGCAGCUCUUCAGCUGGCAGUAAGGACACACCAAGUUACCAGUCCAUGACUAGCCUUCACACCAGUUCCGAGUCCAUUGACCUUCCUCUGAGCCAUCAUGGCUCUCUCUCUGGACUGACAACAAGCACUCAGGAGGUUCAGAGCCUGCUCAUGAGGACUGGAAGCGUCAGAUCUACUCUGUCGGAAAGAUACACUCCAUCGUCCCGGCAGACAAGUCAGGAGGAAGGCAAGGAGUGGCUUCGCUCCCAUUCUACUGGAGGCCUGCAAGACACUGGCAGUCAGUCCCCGCUUGUUUCUCCUUCAGCUAUGUCUUCAUCUGCAACUGGGAAAUACCACUUUUCCAAUCUGGUGAGUCCAACCAGCCUAUCUCAGUUUAACCUUCCUGGACCAAGUAUGAUGCGUUCAAACAGCAUCCCUGCACAAGACACUUCUUUUGAUCUGUAUGAUGACUCCCAACUGUGUGGCAGUGCUACGUCCUUAGAGGAGAGACCACGAGCAAUUAGUCAUUCAGGUUCAUUCAGGGACAGCAUGGAAGAAGUACAUGGGUCCUCAUUAUCACUUGUCUCCAGCACAUCCUCUCUCUACUCUACGGCAGAAGAAAAGGCACAUUCAGAGCAAAUUCAGAAACUACGGAGAGAGCUGGUUGCCUCCCAGGAAAAAGUUGCUACUCUUACAUCCCAGCUUUCAGCAAAUGCUCAUCUAGUAGCAGCUUUUGAAAAAAGCUUAGGAAAUAUGACCGGCCGAUUGCAAAGUCUAACAAUGACAGCUGAACAAAAGGAAUCUGAACUUAUAGAACUACGGGAAACCAUUGAAAUGCUGAAAGCCCAGAAUUCUGCUGCACAAGCUGCUAUUCAAGGGGCCUUGAAUGGUCCUGAUCAUACCCACAAAGAUUUACGUAUAAGGCGGCAGCAUUCUUCAGAAAGCGUUUCCAGCAUCAACAGUGCUACAAGCCAUUCAAGCAUUGGCAGCGGUAAUGAUGCUGACUCCAAGAAAAAGAAAAAGAAGAACUGGGUGAACUCUAGAGGAAGUGAGCUAAGAAGCUCUUUCAAACAGGCCUUUGGAAAGAAGAAGUCCACCAAGCCACCUUCCUCACACUCUGACAUCGAAGAGCUGACAGACUCCUCUCUCCCGUCGUCCCCCAAAUUGCCUCACAGCUCAGCAGAGUGCGGGGCGCCGUCAAUGAAACCAUCACAGUCAACAUCUGCGAUCUGUGAGUGCACAGAAGCAGAGGCUGAAAUUAUUCUUCAGCUAAAGAGUGAGCUGAGGGAGAAAGAGCUAAAAUUAACAGACAUUCGUCUUGAAGCCCUCAGCUCUGCACACCAUCUGGAUCAGAUUCGGGAAGCCAUGAACCGCAUGCAGAAUGAAAUUGAGAUACUGAAAGCUGAAAAUGAUCGCUUAAAGGCAGAGACUGGUAAUACUGGAAAGCCUGCCCGGCCGUCGUCAGAGUCUUCAAGCAGCACAUCAUCAUCUUCAUCACGGCAGUCACUAGGACUUUCUCUGAACAAUUUAAACAUCACAGAGUCUGUUACAUCAGAUAUUUUGCUAGAUGAUGUCGCAGAUGGAGCACUCCACAAAGAAGGCCACAGCGUGAAAAUUUUAGUCUCAAUAAACAAGGGCUAUAGUCGAGCCAAGGAUCAAAAAACACAUGCAUAUCUGAUAGGAUCAAUUGGAGUUAGCGGAAAAACAAAAUGGGAUGUUUUAGAUGGUGUAAUCAGACGCCUCUUUAAGGAAUAUAUUUUCCGAGUGGAUCCAGCUACCAGCCUGGGUUUAAGCUCUGACUGCAUUGCUAGCUAUUGUAUAGGAGAUAUAAUUAGAGCCCAUAGCCUAGAAGUGCCUGAACUGCUGCCUUGUGGAUAUCUGGUUGGAGAUAAUAACAUCAUCACUGUGAACCUGAAAGGAGUGGAAGAAAACAGUUUGGACAGUUUUGUGUUUGAUACGUUAAUUCCUAAGCCAAUUACCCAGCGGUACUUUAAUUUACUGAUGGAGCAUCGCAGAAUUAUUCUGUCAGGACCCAGUGGCACAGGAAAGACCUAUUUAGCUAAUAGGCUGGCUGAAUAUAUAAUAACUAAAUCUGGCAGAAAAAAAACUGAGGAUGCAAUUGCAACUUUUAACAUAGAUCACAAGUCAAGCAAGGAUCUGCGACAAUACCUAGCUAAUCUUGCUGAGCAAUGCAGUGCUGACAACAAUGGUGCUGACCUCCCUGUGGUCGUAAUUCUUGAUAACCUCCACCACAUCAGUUCACUAAGUGACAUCUUCAAUGGUUUCCUCAAUUGUAAAUAUAAUAAAUGUCCCUAUAUUAUUGGAACUAUGAACCAGGGAGUUUCUUCUUCACCAAAUCUGGAGCUGCAUCACAAUUUCAGGUGGGUGCUGUGUGCUAACCACACAGAGCCUGUUAAAGGUUUCUUGGGCAGAUAUCUGAGAAGGAAACUGAUUGAGACGGAAAUAGAAAAGAACAUACGCAAUAAUGAGCUCAUCAAAAUCAUUGACUGGAUCCCCAAAACAUGGCAUCAUCUCAACAGCUUCCUAGAAACACACAGCUCUUCAGAUGUAACUAUUGGUCCCCGCCUUUUCCUGCCUUGCCCUAUGGAUGUUGAUGGCUCCCGAGUGUGGUUCACAGACCUCUGGAACUAUUCCCUGGUACCAUAUCUUCUGGAAGCUGUGAGAGAGGGACUUCAGAUGUAUGGUAAGAGGGCACCUUGGGAGGAUCCCUCCAAAUGGGUAGCUGAUACCUAUCCAUGGAGCUCUGCGUCUCUGCAGCAUGAGUGGCCAUCAUUACUUCAGUUAAGACCAGAAGAUGUUGGGUACGAAGGUUAUGCAUCGGCAAAAGAAGGAACAACCUCAAAGCACGUCCCACAGAGUGAAACAGAAGGGGAUCCUUUGAUGAAUAUGCUAAUGAGGCUUCAAGAGGCAGCCAACUAUUCGAGUGCACAAAGCUGUGACAGUGAUAGCACCAGCCACCAUGACGAUAUUUUGGAUUCAUCCCUUGAAUCAACUCUCUGAAAGAGACGAACUGUUGUGGAGGAUCAUGGUAAAAUCUGUUUCCACUAGACCACUGCCAGUAUUAAAGCAGCACGCCGAGAUCCCUGAAUGAGAAUGGUGUGUUGUAGGUAGGCAGGAGACCUAACUCUGCAAAGUCAGGAAGAAAAAUUGAAGUGGAAAGCUUGAAUUAGUUUAAUUUCAAGGCAUUUCAAUAUCUUUGGAGCCAAGUGAGACUCCAUUUGUCAACUGGAAAGGGCCCUAGAUCAAGGGCAUCUAAGCAGAUUGCACAUGUGUUAGCCAAACUGGAAUUUUUUUUCCCCUUUUCUUCUCUCUCUCUCUGUCUCUCUCUGCCUCUCUGUACAAGUUUACAGUGCAAACUUGUUUGAUUUCUUUUUCUUUUAGUUUACCCUGACGCACUGCAUGAACAAUGCAGUCUUCUAGUUCUCUUCUAACCUCUGUUGUGCCACAUGGUGCUGGUCACAGGACUGCAGUGGUGUUUGUGUUAUACGCUACUGCCCAUUCCAAAACAGGUCAAAGAUGAUGAUAGUAACUCAGAAAGCACAAACAGUAUUGUGCAAUCACCAGAAAACAUGACUGUGAUAUGCUGGAUAAGUGCCAAUUUAAUUCUAACUGCCAUGGUCACGGUGAUGCGCUCCAUCAAGUUUUUAGUGUACAAGUCACAGAUUUUAUAAAGUUGUUUUUACCACAAAGGUCUUUUUUAACCACCUGCCCACUCCUUAACAGCAGUUUUAUACCAAUUAUUAACCAACACUGAUAAAAGGCUUUUUAGGGCUUCAUUUGUUUGAGCCUUUUCAGUGAAAGAAGGAACAUUUCCUAUGGUGCUGUCUCACUGCCUUAAAACAGAUUUCUAGAACAGUUUUACAGUUGGUUUAAUUCCUAAACCAUUGGUAAUUUACACUGUUUUUUUUCUUCAUUUACUAAUGAGAAAAUGUCAGUUAACACAGUAGCCUCAUAUCUGUAUAUCAUGAUUUUUUAAAGAAAUGGAUAGGAGAAAGAACAGUUGCUAUAUAAUAUUUUUAUCUUGUGAAUAGAUUGCUCUGCAUACCCUCAGAAAUCUACAAGGAACCCAAACCCACUUCCACUGCCACCUAAAUGCUGAGAAAAUCGGCUCAAAUCCAUUUGGUCCCAUGGAAUGGAGUUUUUGGAGGAUAGAUGUUUUGAAUUCUUAUCCAGCAGAGCUGGAUGCACUUGAUGCAGCAUGAGCACAAAUAUAUGUUUUUUUUUUUUUUCUAGUUUUAGCAUGUUGUUUUGAUUGCUAUUGUUGUACAUGAAAAAACAGCAUAAAAUAACACUGAAGCAGUGAUGUCCACUGUGGAAGAGGAAGAGUUUAUACUGUAAAAGUGGGUUGGUUUUGCACAGUCUACUGGGUGGGUAUUGUAAA